UUCUGUGAUUCUUCGCAGUCACCUGGUUUCAGCUGAAACGCCAAGAUUUACGAAUCAGUUACGGACCUCAUCGCGAUAUUACAAUUGCCAUUAGCGUGCGUAGCAACCACCGUUGUUUGGCUUCUUUGCGCCGCCUACUUGCAAGAGUUGCAGAACGUGACCAAUUACGUUCCUCCCUGUAGCUCGUCGACCAACGGAAAUCGUAGUAGGCGUGUCCCGCUAUGUGCCGUGUUCCGUGUGGAAAGUUUACCGGCUCGGGUGCAAAGUUUCAGCCGUCUGCAAAGCGGAGCUCGUCGGCAAAACGAGCGAGGAAGGUGCUAGUAUUUAUACGGUUGCUGAAUCAUUUUUUAAUCGCCAAUUGAUUCGGUGUGUGUUUGUCCUCAGAUAUAGCCGAGUGUUGCUGCCGUCGCCGAAUAAGAGUGUUUUACGCGGAUGAUAUUACCAGCGAUCGUAUUGUCUCAGGGAGCCAAGCUAGCUUAACGUAGCCCGGAGUUAAACGGGAAAGCCAACCAGCGGAUGUCGUGGGGAUUUCUUGGGCUUUCUCAAACCUGCUGAUUUCUUCAACGCUAACUUAUCAACGCUAACUUAAACUUGAAUCGACUGUGAGGAAGGAAAAAUGGCUUGCGAACCCAAUCGUGCCCGGCUGCUGUGCAUGCUAUCAUUGACUUUUGGGUUUUUCAUCGUGGAAGUGGUGGUCAGUCGGAUGACCUCGUCCCUGUCAAUGCUGUCGGACUCCUUCCAUAUGCUGUCGGAUGUCAUCGCACUCGUCGUGGCUCUAGUGGCGGUUCGGUUCGCGGAAAAAACCCAGGCGACCAACAAGAACACCUUCGGCUGGAUCCGAGCGGAGGUGAUGGGGGCUCUGGUCAAUGCCGUCUUUCUCACGGCGCUGUGCUUCACCAUCGUCCUGGAGGCGGUCGAGCGUUUCACCGAGCCCCACGAGAUCGAGUCUCCAGUGGUGGUGGCCGGGGUCGGUGCCGCGGGGCUUCUGGUUAACCUGCUGGGGCUCUGCUUGUUCCACGGCCACGCGGGCGGAGGCCACGGACACUCUCACGGAGGGCACUCUCAUGGGAGUAAGAAUAAGCGUGGCAAAACGAGCAAGAACUCGAAGGCUGGAAACGGGUCUUCGGGAGAGGAGACCAACAACUUGGUGGGAAAUCACAACAGCCCAGGCGAUGGGAGACCAAGAAAUGAAAUCAGCUGUAAAGGCAGCACAGAGGUGCAGAUGAAUGGAAACACCCACUAUGAGGAGAUGGAUCCCGACCACGACUCGUCGUCGCAGCUCAACAUGCGCGGGGUCUUCCUGCAUGUGCUGGGCGACGCCCUGGGCUCCGUCAUCGUAGUGGUCAACGCUGUAAUAUUCACCUUUGUGUGGCAGCCCUGCAUCAAAGGUGAGAAGUGCAUGAAUCCGUGCGUCAACAGCCACUCCGCUGACCAUUACCAUGACAACAACACUGUUGUCGAUCUGCACGUGGGUCCAACUGUGCCGACCAUGAAGUUCGCCGGCCCCUGCUGGGUUCUUUACCUUGAUCCCACGCUGUGCAUCAUCAUGGUGAGCAUCCUGCUGUACACUACCUACCCUCUCCUCAAAGAGUCGGCCCUCAUCCUGCUGCAGACCGUGCCCAAGCAGAUCAACAUGCACCGGCUCAACGAGCGUCUGCUGAGCCUGGACGGCGUCCUGGCCAUCCACGAGCUGCACAUCUGGCAGCUGGCCGGAAGCCGCAUCAUCGCCACGGCGCACAUCAAAUGCCACGACCCCACAUCUUACAUGGAGGUGGCCAAACGCAUCAAGGACUUAUUCCACAACGAGGGCAUCCACGCCACCACCAUCCAGCCCGAGUUUGUCACGUUCAGCUCAGAGUCUCGAGACUCCCUGUGCGAGCUCUCCUGUCGGACUCAGUGCGCUCCCAAGCUAUGCUGCGGCGCUGCGGACAAACAGAACACCGGCUCUGACAAGAAGGCUGCAGUCGCUUCAAACCUGGAGGUGAUCAGUGAGACUUCAGAGGCGGCGGGGGCCGUAGUUCAGGUGUGCCCUGGGUCUGAGGCUGAGGUCAGGAUUGCCAGAGAAGUGGAGUCAUCUCUGUGAGAUGAAGGGUGUGGAGAAGAGCAGAGGAGAAGCAAGAAAACCUCCACUUUGAGCAAAAACAUCAUCAUCAUUUGCAGGAAGCUGUACUAUUUGUGGCUUAAUCAUUUCCCCCGAUAGGUCCUUUUAUUUUCGAUUAUUGCCCAUCUACACGCCUGAACCCCUUUCACUCCCUCCCAUGUUCAUACAUUGAGCAUUAGUUCAACCCCCCCCAAGCCUCUCCUCCGCCACUCAGUCCCUCCCUUGUUGUCUGUGGCUCUGGCAGUAUGGGGGUAUGGUUGCGAUGCAUGUUGGGUUGCACUGACCUCAUCUCCACUAGAACUGGAUCAAGGCCUGCAUGAGCGUCAUUAGCACCGUGUUGUGAUGUCUCAUCUCGUCUCAUGGUGUUUCUGUGCCAAAGCUUCUCAGUGGACCGAAGGGAUCAGAGGGACAUUCCCUCCUCCAAAUGGACACACAGCACACACAUCACUAGGUUAUUUAUUUAGCCUAUGGACCUGCUGGAAAAGAGUCUACCUUCCUGUUUUUUUGUGUAGGCUUCAAGCAGACCUAUUUUCUUUACCCUCUGGCCUCCAGAUGGAAUAGUAUUGUAUUGCAUAAUAAUUUAUGUACCUAAGUUAUUAGAAAUGAUCUAUUCUCUGUAGAUGCUGUUUGUAAUGUUUAGUUUGGAUGAUAAACAUUUAUUUUUUUCUCUUUUCUCUCUUCUUGAAAUCUUUUGACAGACCAUCUAUGCUGAAUUCAGUUUUUUUUCCAGGUGUGAUGUUUUUAUAAUGAUUUUGUUUCUCAGACGUUUUCGUCUGGCCUUGACUCGGAUUUAAUUGCAGUCGUUAGCUGGAUACAAAAGCCGUACCAACACCUCUCUCACCUUGCCUUUUAAUUAAAGAAAACUGUUGCGAUAUGGCACUAACAUAGUCGACUCUGUGUAACAGGACUUCUCGCAGUGGCACAGUCACCUAAUUAAUUAAAUAAACGUUUAUUCUUAAAUUUCGAUGCCUCACAAGCCAGAGAGUUGCAAAGAAACGAGCACUGUUCGCCAUUUAGUGAAACCUCCGUCUGAAUUUGUACCGGAAAGCUUUCUUUUGGCCUGUUGGGUUUUAAAAACCCUCAUGAAUGUGUUCGGCACCUUGUCACAAUCCAUGCUGUGGGAGGUUUUUUGUUUGUUUGUUUUUUUUAUUUUAAAUAUAUAUAUAUAUCCAGGACCUUCUGUGUUGUCUGCAUGACCAAACUGAGACCUGGUGUUCGACUUUUUAACAGCUCCACUAAGAGCUCUAGUUGCUGCUUACCAGCGUCUGCUGGUAUCCUACUAUAUUACUCAUGACAGUGUGUGGGGGAAUGACUCGUAUAGCUCUGUGUGUCCUCUGCUGUGGACAGCUGAGCCGAGCUGGUUGUUUGCUGAACUGAAGUCCAUACAGUGGCCUUUGAAUUUGUUUCGACUUUUCCCCUCAUCAGCACAGAUACCGUGUGAAGUUGACCUGUUGAUGAGUUUUGGAUUUCCACUCUUUGAUUUAUUUUGCAUUAUAGAAAUGUGUUCUGGGAUAUGUAUUUUUUUUUCCAUUUGUAAUGUUUGGUCACUUUUACUCUUUUAUGACUUGAGCUCUAUGUGCAAAUCGAAAACAAGUGUGUGUGCGUGCGUGUGGUGGU